AUGGACUUCCUGUUGCGCUGCAACUCGCUCAAAUGCAGGCGGCAGUUGAAUGACCGCGCCGUCGUGACGACAUGCAGCCACAUCUUCUGCAUUGCGUGCUCCGAAGCGCUGGGCCUGGCGAGUGCCAAUGUCAGCAAUCGCAUCUGUCCGGCGUGCGAGAUGCAACUUAGCAACCCCGACGAUGCCGUCGCCACCCAGCUGAAUCCCACCGAGGACUACAAGACGUCUGUCUUGAGUGGCCUCAGCCCCAGCAUCAUCCUGGAGUGUGCCGGACGUGGCCUGUCGUUCUACAGCUAUCAGACGACGCAGGAAAUAGUGUAUCAGGAAUAUCUCGCAAAGACUCUGGCCGACAAAUACAACACGUUGAGUGGUCAGAUGGACAAUGUCAUCCACGAUGCGAACACGGAAAUUGCCAGUCUCCGUGACAAGCUACAAGGCGAGUCAAGCGACCAACGGGCGCUGGAGAAGCAGAAUCGCGAACUGGCCGAUGCGUUACGGAAGAAGUCCAAGACCGAGGCGCAGACUCGGCAUCUGUACAACGCGCUCAAGCGGCAGCAACUCGCGGGCGGGAUCGAAUUGGCGGCGGAGUAUGACGCGGAGAACGUGGUACAG